AUGAGGCUUGCUCUUACCUGCCUGCCCGCUCCCUUGCUUGCUCGCACUUUCGCUCACCCUGUCCUCGAGGAUCGAGGGGAGCAGCAGGAGCAAACUAUCAAUCUGGUUGUGACCAAGUAUAAGAUGGGGGACGACAUAGCCAAACGGGUACUUCGGUCCUUGGUAGAAGCAUCCAGCUCAGGUGUGUCGGUACUGAGCCUGUGUGAGAAAGGUGAUGCCAUGAUUAUGGAAGAGACAGGGAAAAUCUUCUAGAAAGAAAAGGAAAUGAAGAAAGGUAUUGCUUUUCCCACCAGCAUUUCAGUAAAUAACUGUGUAUGUCACUUCUCCCCUUUGAAGAGCGACCAGGACUAUAUUCUCAAGGAAGGUGACUUGGUAAAAAUUGACCUUGGAGUCCACAUGGAUGGCUUCAUCACUAAUGUAGCUCACACAUUCGUGGUCGGUGUGGCUCAGGGGACCCAGGUAACAGGGCGGAAAGCAGAUGUCAUUAAGGCAGCUCACCUUUGUGCUGAAGCUGCCCUCCGCUUGGUCAAACCUGGAAACCAGAACAUACAAGUGACAGAAUCCUGGAACAAAGUUGCUCACUCAUUUAAUUGCACGCCAACAGAAGGUAUGCUGUCACACCAGCUGAAGCAGCAUGUCACUGAUGGAGAGAAGACCAUUAUCCAGAAUCCCACAGACCAGCAGAAGAAGGACCACGAAAAGGCUGAAUUUGAGGUACAUGAAGUAGAUGCUGUGGAUGUCCUGGUCAGCUCAGGAGAGGGCAAGACCAAGGAUGCAGGGCAGAGGACUACUAUUUACAAACGAGACCCCACUAAACAGUAUGGACUGAAAAUGAAAACUUCCAGUGCCUUCUUCAGUGAGGUGGAAAGGUGUUUUGAUGCCAUGUCAUUUACUUUAAGGGCAUUUGACGAUGAGAAGAAGGCUUGGAUGGGUGUGGUGGAGUGCACCAAACAUGAACUGUUGCAACCAUUUAAUGUUCUCUAUGAGAAGGAAGGUGAAUUUGUAACCCAGUUUAAAUUUACAGUUCUGCUCAUGCCCAACGACCCCAUGCGGAUAACCAGUGGUCCCUCUGAGCCUGAACUCUACAAGUUUGAGAUGGAGGUCCAGGAUGCAGAGCUGAGCCUGCAGAGUUCUGCAAGUCGGAAAACUCAGAAAAAGAAAAAAAAGAAGGCCUCCAAGACUGCAGAGAAUGCCACCAGUGGGGAGACAUUGGAAGAAAAUGAAGCUGGGGACUGAGGUGGGUCCCAUCUCCCCAGCUUGCUGCUCCUGCCUCCUCCCUUUCCCACCACACCCCAGGCUCUGUGAAGUGCAGUUCGUCUUCUCCACCCAGGACCGCCAGCAGAGCGGGGUCUCCCUGCCACCAUCCCAGUUCCCCACCCAUCCCCUUCCAACAACAACCAGCUCCAACUGACUCUGGUCUUGGGAGGCAGGGCUUCCCAACCACAGAAGACUACUUUAAAUGAAAAAAGAAAUUGAAUAAUAAAAUCAGGAGUCAAAAAUC